GGCACAUGCUUGUCAGCCGUAACGAGUGGCAUCUUAUCGUGGGCUGAACCAUUCAAUUUGUUUCGUAUUUUCCAUCUUUUCACCACGACAACUAAUGCUCUCCACGAUUCGAUCUUGUGAGAGCUCACGAUGAUAACUCGCAGCCAAUAACAACCACAUGCGACGAAAACCCCACGUUCAUUUGCUGAUUUCGUGUCGAUAAAUCAAGCUCGAACUCAACGAAACGGCAAAAGCCCCUGGAGGGAAAGGCCACAAUCAUGAUACCCAAUUCGCCCAUAUUAAGACCGUCCACGUCGAUAAUUACGUAUCUAUCAAUUCUGGUAUUGAGCUUGAUGCUCUGCGCUCCUGGAUACACCGAAGCUACACUUUCAUCUCCCAACUCUGUCUUCGAUUUUGAAACACUCAUCGAACGGAGCGAUACAUCGGACUUGAUAUACGAGCCAGAGUUUGCGGCAUUUGAUCGCAGUAUUAUUGGCCGUGCCCCCCUAGAACAACCGUUAUUAACGAAUAAUGGCCCCGAUAGUAGAUCGAUAAUUCCUGGAGAGACUGUUUGUUAUAUUGUGGAUAAGAAGACGUUGUUUGGGAAGGACAAGAGGGAUGAUGAUCAUAAAACGAAUGGGGAGGCCGGGCAUCAGAAUUCUCGUCGAGCAGAGACAAAGACAGUCUAUGUGUCUGCCAAUACUUGUUCCAGGCCAACUCUAAAGACUAAAGACAAGAGCGGGAAAACAGAACUGGCACCACAACUCAGUCUUUAUACUUCCACAACAAACAAGAUCAAGUGUCCAACGGCAGGGAAUUACAACAAGUCAAAUCCCGAUACUGCCAGGAUACCGUUCGACGAGGGCGCAGUUAUGCUAACUAUGAAUGCUACCAAUGACAUAUACAUCAGCGUUGUGGCUCCGAAUUUGACAAAGGCCGAUGGAGAAUACAAAUACCAGAUCGCCAUUUCUUUUGACGAGUACUACCACAACUACGAUGCCAAAAAUGGCACUGCUCAACUACUGUUGAUGGACUUUGACUCAACAUCAGCCCUCCUUUUCACCAGCGAUUUGACUCAGGACUCGGACGAGACCCAGCAGAUCAUGAAGAGGCCGCCGCCUUAUCAGAUAUUUAUUGGGGACGAGAAAUUAAGAUCCAUCGAUGGUCUGCGACAUUCAACCUGUGGCUUAGCGGACCACGCGGAAAUUUGGGCCAACGAUAAGAAGACUGGACGACACAACGAUCUCGUUACGACUGGCCUUACGACACGAGGACAAGGAGGAUUGCCCAAGCAGCAAUUCCUGGUUGCAGGGCUCAACCACAGUACCACCUACUCGGGAAUCCUUGUCAAGAUGCCUGAUAGUGAUAGCAAACGAGAUACCAAGUCUGGGCGCACAAUAGGCGGUGGAGGCACUGUCUACAAGGCCACCACGUUUGAGACUUCAUCCAGCACAAACUGUAAGAUGGUUACGAAUCUGGACUUCUGCAACGAGACACAAUAUGCCGUCCCUGGCAACGACAAAAAAUUCAACAAUACUGCUCUGGCCAAGCAUUACGAUGAUUACGCCAGAAAAAUGUACGCCAAUUUCGAAAAAGUCAUGAUGCAAGUACCCUGCGAAGCGCCCCCUGAGUCUCGCUACUCGCUAGCACGAGAUUGCGACGAGUGCCGUGAGGCUUACAAGCGUUGGCUCUGCACCGUCACGAUCCCUCGCUGCGAGGAUGUUAUGGGUGGCAGCAGAUAUAGCGUUGUUCGCGACGCUUUUCAAGCCUUUCCCAAUGGAACAACGCUUCCUGAUAAUUUCCGCAAGGGUCUCAAAGCCGCAGCAAAUAACUCCUCGCGUAACGCCUGGAUCGACGAAACCGUCAAGCCUGGUCCGUACAAGGAGUUGCUCCCCUGCGAGGACGUCUGCUACGAAGUUGUUCAAGCAUGUCCCGCUGCGAUAGGCUUCACCUGUCCACAACCUGGAUUCCCAAGUUUCAGUGUGAGCUACGGACGGCGGAAUCCGGAUAUUUCGAGUAUAACAUGUAACUACCCCGGCGAGCCAAGGACGAGAGUUAGUGCAGGCCUAGUUGUUCGGCCAAGCUCUGUUGCGCUCGGUGCUGUGUCAUUGAUGGUCUGGUUGAUACUAUAAGAGGUGUAUAUCUUGUUUCUUGGGUAUGCUGGGCGUUUUUUCGUUAGAGGGACUUCAGCGGAGAUGCAUCUGAGAUUAAUUCCAGCGACAGUCUGAAUUUCGUGUCAAGGUUAAGAUGCUCAUACAUUUAUACAAGUAAGGUUGUUUUGAAUAACAUGAGCGAUUUGGUAUCAGUAUCCUACACAGAACAACUAAAGACAAUGGGUUGCUUUGAACCCCCGUAAUCUCAUUUAUACGCUUUAAGCCUUAUUUGCCUUUGUCGCAGCAUCAUAAUCCUUGAUAGUUGUCUCAAGCUUCUCAAUCGUUG